ACUAACUACACCCACCAUCAUUUUUUGAUUGUAUACGAGUGUAUGAGAGUAUAACUCGGUUGGUAUAAUAAAGAACGGAUUUCAAUGGAAGCCUAAAACACAUAUUGUUUUAUUAGCGUCUUUCGAUUGGUUAUAGUAGGGUUAUAGGUUCCUAUCAUUUGAUGAAGUUUGUUAUUCUUUGAUACGUUCAAAAGAAGAAUCUGAAGAUGGGGUUUAGGAAAAACUUAUCGUUGGCAAAAGGAGGUAGUUGUUGUACUCGUUGUGGGCGUAGUUUCCAACGGAAAGAAACACCGAUUUCGUUUGGAGGGAGACUUUGGCAUAAUAGCUGUUUUACGUGUGCAAAAUGUUUGAAUAAUCUAGAUCAAAGUAAUCAAUUGCUAAUUCAAACAUCCGAUGGAAGACCUGUUUGCAGCGAAUGCUCGCACACCUGCACAAUUUGUCAAAGGCCGAUUGAAGAUUACGCCCUUAUGAACGGGUUUGACUCGUAUCAUCGAGACUGUUUUCAGUGCUUGAAUUGCAAAAAAACAAUCAAUAAUUCAGAAUUUGUGAAAGAUGGCCGAUCUGUGUAUUGCAGUGACUGCAGCAGUCAAAACUGUUCUUUUAUGCCACCCACAGAAAAUGGAACCUUACGUGCAAUAAGAAGUGAUUUGUCCACGAAGCAUUCCGAAAUAGCUUCUUCGCACGACUCUAAUCAAUCCUUUAACCUGGAAGUGGUAUCACCUUCCAAGUCAAGGUCCUUGACUCCCGAAAAAGGAUUCAGUGAAGGUGUGCCCACUGUUAAUAAUGAUUCUCAAUAUCAAGUUCAGCAAAGCAUUUCUACCAAUUCUCACUUUCACUCUCCUGACUCCUUAUUUUCAACCACGAAAAACGAAAGUUCAACUUCGUUUAAUAGCUUUAGUUCACCUGUCAAAGUUGAUGGUCAAUUAGAUGCUCCUUCUCCGUCCGUUUCUCUUUUCCAAAAACCUCUCAUAACUACAAAUGAUAAAACUCUUACCGCACAUAAUCCUCCAGAAAGGAAAUCCUCCUCUCCUUUUAAAACAAUUUCUUCUUCUAGCAGAAAGCCUUCUGAAGAUUAUUUGAAUGACUUUGGGUUUUUCCCUCAUCAAAGACAACCUUUUUAUACUGCACGUCUUAACAGAUCACAUUCUAAUAAUAACAUUCGUUCUUUACGUGAAUCACAGAGCAAUUCUCCUCAUCAAUCGUUUCUAUCUCCUCAUGAUUAUCCUAAUGUUUUUCGAACUUUAAGUCCAAAAUCGCAAGCUCACCGCAAAUCAUCUUCUCAACCUGCAAACAUCUACGGACUCUCUCACUUUGUGUCCUCUCCUGAGGCAAUUCCUUCUGAUAAGGAUGAACGUAGAAAGUUUAGUGAGCAGCAUCAUUCUCGUUCAGAUUCGUCACAACCUACUCUCGUUUCCCCUUCUGAUGUUCCCUUAGAGGCCAAAGCGUCUACAACAAACAAGAAUGCCUCCUCUUCUUCCGAUAUUGCCAGUCUUUUCGAAAACUACAAGGUUGACAUGGAAGCUUUAAAAUUACAAAUCAACAAACUCACACAUUUAACGGAAUCCAUUUCGUCAAGGUCAAUGGGUUCUGGAUCCGAGAGCUCGUUAAAUUUGACUGAGAAUAGAGAUGCUAUACGUACCCAAAAGCUAGAAGUUUGUGAAAGAUUUUUUUCAUUUGGUGAUGUUGCCGAUGAUCCUAUUCUAAAGGACCCUCUUCAUCAAAGCUUGGUAGGUGCAGCGGAUGCUUACAUGAAAAUGCUUCGUGAUAACUAUUUUCAAGAAAUUACAAACUUAUUAGAACGACGGAAUGAGCUCCUUCAGGACUAUUCUAAUGCCCAAAAGUUACUUAACGAGUCAUUGGAAGCGUCAGUUCACUUAAAUGCCAAAAACCUGGAAUUAGCUGACUUGAAUAAUAAUUUGGCAAGUCAGAUCCAGCAAAGAAAAGAGUUGAUGGAAAGCCAAUCCUCGCAAAAUAGACUGUUUAUAGACACAAAAUCUUUGAAGCCUCUUUCUUCUGAUUCUGCAAUCGAUAAUCAAAGUUCUUACCAGCCUUCGACUUCUCCUUUGCAAGCAAGUUUUAAUAAACUUGAAUUACGUGGAUUAAAAUUGCUAAACACCGGAAAGGCUAAUAAUCGAAAAAGUCCCUUUAAAUCAUUUCAUGCAAAAUCUAAGUCUGCUGAUCCUGUUAUUUUAGACGAAAAGCCAGUGUGUCAUCAUGUAUUUCAGGUCAAUGCUAUAUUUAAGCCGUCUCGCUGCUUUAUCUGUUCAGAAACAAUAUGGGGUUCAGAAGUGCGCUGCAUGAAAUGUUCUGUGGCUUGCCAUUCUCGCUGUUUAAAGAAGGUUUAUUCCGGGAACGAAGAGUUGAAGUUAUUUUCGGAUGAAGAUGUAGAGACUAAUGAUAACGCUCCAGAAAUGCCGAUCAGAGUACCACCUCCCGAGCCUUCUCCUUUUAUGUUUGGUAGACCAUUAGAGAUCCAAGCAAAGAUUGAAAAACAGGCUAUUCCUAAAGUUGUCCAGAUGUGUGCAGAUUGUGUCGACGCUCAUGGAUUACAUAUUGAAGGUAUAUAUCGCAUCUCUGGAAGUGCUUCUCAAGUUCGUUCGUUUAUUGAAAUGUUUGAACAAAGCAAUAUACAAACAGAAACACUAGCUUCUGACAUUACCGCUUGUACCUCUGUUUUAAAAACUUAUCUACAUAAACUUCCUACCCCAUUAAUUCCCGAAGAACAUUAUAGGAAGCUACUGAAGGCUGAGGAAUUUGACAAAGGUUUUGCGAAGAAAGAAAUGGUUAAACAGGUUUUGCAAGAGCUUCCUAGUGAACACCUUAGCGUCUUCCAGUAUCUACUCCAGCACCUUUUACGCGUUGCUCAUAAUGCAGACAAAAAUUUAAUGACUAUGAAAAAUCUUGCUACUGUUUUCGCUCCAACUCUCAUGAGAGAGACAGAUAUUCAACUCAAUUUGAAGAAUGUCAAUAAACGAAGUGAGAUUCUGAAAUAUGUAUUGGAAAACUAUGAAAUGAUUUUUACUGACUAUAAAACCUACAACAUACCCUCUAAUGAACAAACAUCAUUGUGAACAUGUUUCGUUACUGCGAAAUGUUUAUUAAUAUAUGCGUCUUUUUCUUUUCUUUAAUGAUUUGAAGGAAGGUCGGAAUAUAAUUUAUACGUUAUAAAAAGUUAAUUCAUUAAUUCAUAAUUAGCAAAAUGAAUUGGUGUUCCUCAGAAUAACAAAACCUUACACGAUUUCGACGGACACUAAAGAUAAUCUGCGCUGGUCAGUUUCGUCCAAAAAUUGCUUUUCAUUUUAAAAUAUACUACCUAACAAACUUAGAUCGCGAUCAGUGUAUGGAUCCUUAGAGUCCUUCUGAUCUUCUCUCUCGGUGUCUUUUGCAGACUGGCCUUGUUGAUUUUGUGUUUGUCGAGGCUUUCUCGAAAAAAUGCUUCCCAAUGCGUCAAACGAAAGAAGACGUAAUCGUCCACCUUGAUUAUUCGUGUCCUUUUUUGUUGUUUUCGAUGUUUGAGACGAUUCAUCAUCAAUUUCGUCAAUCAAAUUUUCAUUUUGAUCAUAAGUUUCGUAUUCAUCGUCGUCAACUAGAGGCCCAGCUUCUGGGUAUUCAUUCAAAUACUCGUUGAAACUGUGGACCCUUGAUGAAGACCGGCUGCUUUUUAAGGGCCCUUGUUUGCCAACUCGGGAUUCCUCAGUGUGAAAGAAUCGAUCCAUUAAUUGUAUAUAAGGGAAAAUAAAAAAUGCUUUGAAGAUGCACUACUGUAUCGCAUAGCAGCUAUAUUUAUGCCUAUCGUGGCCAACUUGGUAACUACAUAUUCUCUUGACACUUUGUUUAAAGAUGAGGAAUUUUGAUAGAUUGUGAUUUCCAGAAUCAGUUCGAUCGUCAUUUAUUACAGUCUUGUGGCACUAUGGCUCAAUACUAUAGCACAUUAUUGUUUUUGGUGCAAAGAUUACGUGUUCACGAACUAAAAAUUUACGUGUAAAAUUAUACUUAAACAUUUAUACAAAGUGUCACCCAUUCAUCUUGAAUUUUUGUAUAAAUGGCUAAAACCGUGUUUGUUUAUGUUGGCUAUAAUUUUGCUAGUCUUCUCUGGGGUAAAAGUCACUUGUAUCAUGAUGCGGUCACGGUGAUGUCAAUGGCCAAUAAAUAAAAUAAGCGCCUUCGGUUCUCUCGUUAUCAGGUUUCAUUCGUCUAACUCCUGAUUCGUUAGGUUACUUGCUUGAGGUAACUUUACGUUUGUUUCUAGUUGUUGAACUAAGUGUGCUAGAUCUUGCUUUGAAAAGCAAGGACUGUAACGUAUGCCCAUGGAAUGCUUUAUGGUUUGUUAUAUAACAAAUCAUUGAUGAAUUCUGCUUAUUAGACGACGGUAGGCAACGUUGCUACCAUUUUAUCUAAUGGUUCAUAGCCGGGUGCAGUUCCUUUACAAUAAUUAUGUUUCAAUCACAUUGCUAAUUAUCGAGAGAAAUAACAGUUCUUUCAUUGCCUGAUUUUUUUCAAACAUUGAUAACUGUAGGAUUCGAAUCACAAUUGUCUCACUUUCCAUCACUGCGAUUUGUAAUAGGUUGGACGUGCCUAUUCUUACAUAUGGAAUCACAUAUUAUGACAACUUGUGGACUGCAGAUCGGUCUUCGUCAUGGCUUAUAGAAUUAGCGUGAAAUUUGCGACUUUUCGAACAGUAAUGUAUUGUAGUGACCGGUUACGAUUGAAUGCACAUUCAAAACCAUGAUCAUCCAAGGACGAUUCUAUCGAAAGUGAAACGAUUUUCGCGAAUCUCAUAGCGCACCAAACUUUUAUCCUUUACAUCUUGUCAAUGAGGGAUGCCGAAAGUUAGUCUAGUAAAUACUAAAGAUGAUCUUUAGAGGUGACCUGUGAAACUUAAGGUAUGAGAUAAUGAUUUAUACCGAAUUGAUACUAUAUUCCUUCAUGGGAACACUGAUCAUUCUCGAUCUCAACCCGGUAUCAUUAGUGAUAGAAAUCCUGCUUUAAUUUCAACAUAAAGGUCAGCUACAUGGACGAAACCGAUGAUGCAUAGUGGAUGACUACGAUGGGAAUACAGAAGAGUGCGACGUUUGAAAGCUCACCACAGUAAUAUAAACAUUUUCUUUUCCCUCCAAAUUGAAUGUUAGGUCUAAUGUCUUGAUGAUCCAUUGCUCCUUUUUUGUAGCUAUGAUUUUGUUCAUCGAAUAUUUGGAAAUCAUUUUGCCAACGCAGCUGCAAUCUUUACUUAUAGAGUAUGCUUUUUGAAGAGAAAGAAUGUUUUAACCCAUACUUGGAAAAAUCUAUUCAGGAUGCGAAUCCUAGGAUGAAAAGGAAGUCACCGUACCAAAGUAUAGAAGCCGAAAAUGAUUUUUGAUUAUGGGAAUAGUUGUAUCGGUGUCUGUCAGCUUGUUGCUUGCCAAGGUGAAUGCUCAGUGAUCGCCAAUGCUCUUUUCCUCCCCUUCUACUUAGAAACAUUUGAAGCGAUCUUUUCCAUGGGGCCCUCAUUCAAAACCAGAAUUUGAAUAGAAAGACAUGAAUGGGCUUAUAUAGUCUUUUUGGAGCAGUUAAACUAUAAAUGUUUGUGAUUACUAUGUAUAUCCAAAACAAAAAUUGAAUAAGGACUUUGGCCGUAACAACGUUCCUGUAAAUAUUCUAUAAACUUUGAAGUGCGUUCAUACGCAGAAAAAUGAUUAGAUUUUGAGCUAUUUUUUAAUUGACUUUUGACCUGUACAUACGCUUCAAUAGAAUAACUUGGUAUUAUAGAAACCACUUUCUAGUAUGGUGUAUAUUAAGAAUUCUUUU